UUCUUUUUGCCAAAUCCUUGGAUCAAUCUCAGUGUGUGGUAUGGCUUUCUAAUGCUUUUAGCAGUUCGCCUUGAAUGGAAAUUACACACAUUUAUCCAAAAGAAAAGUAAUUUUCACAGUUUGCCACACCGAUUCACCGAAUACACCAUUUGGGCCAAAAAGUUAAGAUGGGUCCAGAUAAAGAAAAAGGGCAGGCCCAAAACGAAAAGCUUGCGGACAGCAUUUGUCUACUGAUGAUGGACGGCUCUGAUCGUUUCUUCCGAACUUCAGAGCCGACAAUCACUCGGUCCAACCGAAGUACUUACAGACGCAAGAAAAGUAGAAUAAAUAGGGGUCCUAAAGAUCAAAAAAGAAAGAAAGAAAAAAAAAAAGAUCAAAGAAAAAUGGCGUUGGCUAAAGCUAAGGAACUUGUUUCAUCCAAUCCAGUUGUCGUCUUCAGCAAGUCGUAUUGUCCGUUUUGCGUGACCGUGAAGCAGCUUUUAACUCAAUUGGGAGCCACUUUCAAAGCCAUUGAAUUGGACAAUGAGAGUGAUGGAGCUCAGAUUCAAUCAGCUCUGGCUGAGUGGACUGGACAGCGUACUGUGCCCAAUGUGUUCAUUGGUGGAAACCACAUCGGUGGAUGUGAUGACACAAAAGCCUUGAACAAGCAGGGGAAACUGGUCCCUUUGCUGACUGAAGCUGGUGCUAUCGCUAAAAGCUCUUCCUCGUAAAGAAGCUGAGUUACUCAAAUCUGUUGAGUAAAUUUUAAGGGGUUUAUUUUAUCGUAUAUACUUGUGUUAAAGAACUUUCUUUGGCCAUUUGAAAUAAAAACUGGAGUUUAUUGGUGGAUUAGAA